AUAUGUGGAGAUGGAAUCUGCAAAGAGGAAAUCCAUAAAUUCCGAAGGAAAACAAGACCCUGUUGAAACGAAGAAUGAGUCUGUAUCCCAACAAAAAGAAUUGAAUAAAAUGGAAGCAAACGAUAGAAUGCUACGUUUAGCAGGAGAUUUUGGAAAAUGUCAAUUAAUGUUGAUAUUUUUAUUUAGUUUAAUAAAUAUAUUAAGCGCAUGGCACUAUUACUCCCAAACUAUAAUCAGUAUAACUCCGGAACACAGCUGUAUUGAACUGGAAGCCGCCAACGUUACCGAACAAACCGUUCAAGAAUACUUACCAACGUUUGAAAAUCUCGAUACUCUUGUUUCAUUGGACCUAAUAAACAAUGUUCUUCAAAAUGAAACAUAUACAGACGAAAAUCAAACUAUUGCUGAGGUGUUGAAAGAUUUCGGUUUUGCUGGUAUGGUGGCAGAGCUCAAUUGGGUCUGUGACAAUAGUUGGAAACCUGUGCUUGGUCAAUCUCUAUUUUUCUUUGGAUCAGUUUUAGGCACGUUGGUAUUUGGAAUACUAGCUGAUAUUUUUGGGAGAUUACCCAUGUUAGUUGCAUCAAAUAUUUUAGCUGCUGGUGGAAAUGUUGCUACUUCUUUUAUAUCGGGAGACGAAGUUUCUGCUUUUGCUGCUUGCCGAUUUGUGUCAGGAAUGGCAACAGAUUCUAAUUUUGUAAUGAUGUAUAUUAUAGUGAUGGAAUAUUUAAGCCCAGAACGUAGAACUUUAGGUCUAAAUUUGACGAUAGGCAUUUUUUAUUGCAUAGGAACAAUGUCAGCACCUUGGAUAGCAGUGAUUUGUUCAGACUGGCGAACGUUUUUAAGAGCCACUUCUGCACCACUGAUAUGUAUAAUCGUGUAUUGGUUUUUGGUACCGGAAAGCGCCCAAUGGUUGCUUUCAAUUCGAAAAGUUGACAAAGCUGUCCAAUGCUUUAAAAGGAUAGCAAAAUAUAAUGGUAAAACUAUUGAUGAAAGUCAUAUAAAUGCGUUCAAAAAAAUCUAUGAAGAUAAAACAAUUAUACCAAGAAAUAGUAAAGAAAAUAUUCACAGAAUAAGCAAAAGUAGUGCUAAUAAUAAAGCUCAAAAUAAAACCAAAGAUAGUUUACAUCAAAAUAGUGAUAUACAGACUGAUUUUCGCAAUGACCGUAAUCGUAUCUCUUUUCAUGUACCUGAUAUAAUUAAUAAAACAAAUGAUGUAAAUGUCAAAGACGAGAGCUCCGAUAUUACUGAAGAAUCUUUCGAAAUUUCAUUUGAAGAAAUAGAUCUUAACAAUUUUCAAAACUCAUAUGAAGACAAUUUUGGUUUUGUACACGAUAGUUCUGAUUCCAGUUUCAAUAAUACUAUUUGUGACAAUAUUUGUAGUAGUGAUAUAUCAAAAAAUAAAUCAAUUGCUAAUGCUCAUAUGGGAAAAUCUGUUUGUUCGAAACACAAGGAUAUUGACGAAAGUAAUAAACCUGAUCUCAUAAAACCAGAGAAAGUGAGAAAAGCUAACUUUUUUGGUCUUCUACGGACCCCUCAUUUGAGAAAGAUAACAUUGAUACUGUUAUUUAAAUCGAUGGUAUUGACAUUGUGCUACGAUGCUAUGUCCAGAAAUAUAGAAAAUUUGGGAAUUCAUCCUUUCAUUAUUUUUACCCUUAGUUCAUCGGCAAUACUACCAGCCUGCAUCAUACUUUUAUUUAUUCAGGACAAAUUGGGAAGAAAGGCUACAGCCUCUGGUGCCUUGCUCCUGAGCGGUAUUUUUACUGCAGGCUGUGGAGCUUUAUUGGUAUCAGAAACUUUCAAAGGCUCUGCAUCCGUUGCGUCUGCAAUCACGUUGUCCAUCCUCGGAAGACUGUGGGUAACAGUGGCCUAUAAUUCCGGCGCCCAAUAUGCAGCCGAACUAAUUCCAACAGAAGUUCGUGGACAAGGAGUGGCUGUAGCACAUGUUGCUGGAUAUGCUGCUACAUUCUUCAGUGCUUAUAUUCUUUACACGGGUCGUCUGUUUCCUGCAUUCCCUUCAUUGAUAUUAGGUACACUCAGCAUUAUUUGCGGAUUAUGUUGCUUAUUUUUACCAGAAACUUUGGGAAGGCACUUACCAUCUACAUUAGAAGAAGGUGAAGAAUUUGGAAAAGACGAACAUCCCUUAGAUUUCGUUCUCUGGAGUUUCAAUAGGGCACGACGUGCAGAAACCACGAAGGAAUCUUCAUAAUAAUUUUUGUAAAAAUUAUUACAAAGAACAAGACUUAAUUAAUAUUAGAUAAAGUAUCUGUGGUAACUAUAUCUUAGGCGGGUUUAAUUAGGUAAUGAUUAAGUAUCCUUUAUGUAAUAUUGACAGAAAUUUAAAAAAUUGAAUUUGUACUCGUUUGUACGAAUAACGUUGUAAGAUCAAUCAAUAAUUCAUUUAUAAAAGUCUAAGUAUGCUCUAAGUAUUUGUAAAUCGUGGACGAAUUUUGUGUUGUAUUGUAUGACCAGUUAUUCAAGUGGUUGAUAAGUAUGCGUAAAGAUAAAGUUGUAAACACGAAGAACAGUAC